AAUAUUUCUAUGGAAAUCAUUUUGAAGGAUUUGGGAAGCUAAUUGAGGAGCACUUAUGCCAUAGAAUGUAAACAGAAACAAGUUAGUUAUUUGACUGCAAGCAUUGUCUUCAGCCAGGAGUUAAAAAAUCUUGUUAGACAAAAGAAAAGGGCUGGUGCCUAUGGCUUGCAAAUCGAAUCUAUUAGAACAUUGCAUAACCUCCCCCUCCUCUUCUGCUGUGUACUAUCAAAGAAAUACUAUCAUGCCGUGUUCACUUGGAUGAAAUGGAAUGGAAUUUGUACUCUAUUUGAAAUUUAUUUGUAAUUUUUUAUUCCAUUUUAUCCAAGUGAAUGCAACCUUAGUGGCUUCCUGAUGUUGAUCAAGCACUUCUCUGCAUUAAUAUUACACAGAUAUAUUGACUCAAUCGAUAUGAAGAAAUUAUUAUGUAUGCUCUUUUUGUUCAGAUCAUUUUAUUGUAUUUCUUUGUUAUUAGCUAAUUAGGAAAGGACUUAUAAAACAAAUCACACAAGGUUAUAUCCGCAUUGACUCAGGGAGUCAGGGUGCGAGCUGUCAGAAAACAAGCUAUAACUCUACUACCUCUUUUUCCUUUUUUUUUCCUCUUUCCAAAACGUUAAUGCUUUUUCCUAAAUUAUAAGAUAUAAAUGAUUAAAAUUUCUAAAAAACCCGAACAUAUUACCCGACCAUUCAGCCUACCUUGAUUGAGAAAUCGAUUCAACUUUACCUUCUCGAUGGCAAAGUCUCUUGACGAUUGUCCUGAAGAAGUUGUUACCAAAACACUUCUCCGACUUGAGGUAAAAUCAUUGCUCCUGUGCAAAUCUGUCUCCAAGACAUGGUUGUCAAUAAUCUCAGACCACAAUUUCGUUAGAUCUCACCUCAGCCGUGCCGUCGUAGCUUCCUCGAGUAAUCCCACACUACUCAUUAUUAAAAAUCUGCAUCGCGAUUAUGGUACUAUUGACGCUAAUGUGCAACAGCAAAGCCGAGGACAACUAAUGGAAUUAAAUGUGCCCGACUUUCCCAUACGGGUUAAUUAUCUUAUUCUUCCAGAUGCGUUAGAGGUAUAUUCAGUUGUUGGUUCCUGUAAUGGCAUUAUCUGUCUAAAUUGUGUAGUUCGUAAUUUUCUCGCCCUUUGGAAUCCAGCCACAAGGCAGUGCAAGGAAAUUUAUGGUCCAUUUCAAGAACCAUUUGAAAAUAAUGUAGGGUUUGGUUAUGAUUCCGUCUCAAAUGACUACAAGAUCAUUAAGAUUGUGGAGAAAACUGGGUCUGUUGAUAUACCAGUAGUCCUGGUGUAUUCCACAAAUGCUACUUGUUGGACACAAUUGAAGGUGCCUAUUCUGAAAAAUGAGAAGGUAUGCGGCAAAAAUAUUAUUUUCAUGAGUGGGGUAGUGUAUUGCGCUUUAAACAAUAAGCUAUUCUUAGUUGAUUUGCACAAAGAGGUUGUUGGACUAGUUCCAUUCCCUAAAUCUACGGGACAACGGGGGUCGGAAAUUAUGGAUUUUAAUGGUUCUGUUGCUUGUGUCUUUUUUGACAAUGGAUCUGGAGCUAAUCUAUGGACAUUGGAUGAUGUUUCUGGAAAGAUGUGUUGGACUAAAAAAUUCAGUCUUGAGACUAAUAAUAUAUGGCUAUCUUGUUACUUGGGUGCAGGAAAGUUUUAUGGUAAAGUACUAUGUCAAAAUGAUCAGGUAUUGUACGACUAUGAGAAGAAAAUUGUUAAAUUUUAUCAAAUUCAUGGACGUAUAAAUAGUUUUGUAGCUCUGAAAUACAUAGAGACGCUUGUUUCACUGGACGGUUUUAAACAGGUGGAGAAAAUCCAAAUUAGUCAUCCUCAUGGGAAAACAAUAUAGAGGAUACCAUACUUGACCAAAAGCUAUUGCUGGGCAAAGUUGCUGGUAUCUUUGUUUGGUUUAAGCUGGAAGAACCUAAACUUCUGUUUUAUACUUUUUAAGUAUUUGAGUACAUUUACUAAAUUGUAUCCUCGCAAUGGAUGGAUUUCUUGCCUUGUAACAGAUGUUAAUGGUUGUGUUUGUUUAAUCAUGGAUGCAAUCUCCUGUACCUGUCCAUGAAUUUCAAUUCUGAACUUGAGAUUUUGGCAGCA